AUGAUAAUCAGAAGCACUGUCAGCCCAAUACUGAAAAUUGGUUUCCAAUUAUUCGGCAUUUGGCCGGGUGUCUCGUAUUCUACCAUUCGUAGUAUGAGUAUUAUAUCAAGCAUACUGAUCAUACAGUACUUUCAGUAUUUAUACAUUUUUAAUCACUUCAAGAUCAGCGAGAUCUCGAAUCUCAAUGACAGUUUGAAUUUAACUUUUACAUACGGUUUGACGGUAUUCAAAUUGAUUUAUCUGUGGAUACGUCGCCAAGUUUUUCGUCAAAUCCUGGUUGCUAUGGAUAAUGAUUGGCGCGAGUGCAUUAAUAUGGAUAAACAUUUGUAUAUAAUGACAAUUAAAGCCAAUUUAGCACAUUUUAUUUCCAACAGUAUAUUGAGUGUUAGUACGAUUAUUGCGAUACCUUUUUUCUUAGGCGAGUAUGUAAUUCAUUCCAUAUUUUCAACUGAAGAUCAAAAUAUCACUUUACGGCCGCUUCCUAUGAAGAUACAACUUCCAUUUGAUACUCAACAAUCACCAAUGUUUGAGAUUGUUUUCACAAUAUUAUUUUUACAUAGUAUAAUAAUAUUUAGUAAAUCAAUUGUCAAUGCAGCAUACGAAUUGCCGUGGUAUGAUUUACCGUCACAUCAGAGUAAAAUGUUAAUGCUAAUAAUAAUAAGAUCUCAGAAACAACUGACCAUAUCGGCAGGAAAAAUAAUGGAUAUGUCAUUCGAAACUUAUACAAACAUCAGCGAGUUCCCAAAUCUUAUCGAUGGCUUGUCUUUAACUUUAGAUUACAGUUUGACGUUUGUCAAAUUGGCUAGCCUAUGGAUACAUCGUCGUGUUCUUCAUAAAAUCUUUGCUGCUAUGGAUAAUGACUGGAGCGAGUGCAUCAACAUCGAUGAGAAUUUGAAUAUGAUGAUGAUUAAAGCCAGUGUAUCUCAUUUUUAUUCUAAUGCUAUGUUGAGUUUUAAUGGUGUAGCUGCAGUAUUGUAUGUUUUGGGCGAUUAUGCAAUUCGUUUUGUAUAUUCAGCCAAAAAUUACAAUGAUACCUUGCGGCAGCUUCCUAUCAAGGUGCUUCUUCCCUUUGAAACUGAGCAGUCGCCGAUUUUUGAGCUACUGGUCGCAAUUCUAUUUCUACAUAUAAUACUAGUCUCGUUUGUAGUCGCCGUUUUAAACGGAUUAAUUUUUACUUUGGUACUUCACGUAAGCGGGCAAAUUGAUAUAAUAUGUCAAGGAUUCAAAAAUAUUUCCGAGAAUGCCUUUCCUCGAUCUUCCGCAUUUACAUUAGGAAUGCUGAUCAAAAGGCAUAACAAAGUCUACGCAUUUUCCGAAAAUAUUGAGGAAUUUUUUUCUUUCAUUGCAUUGAUGCAAGUUGUUUGCAAAACUGUAGUCAUUUGUUGCUUAGGAUUUGUUAUUAUAAUUUCGGUUCAUAAUGAAAUCGAUUUCUUCGUGUUUGUGAAAGCUACUGUGGCUUAUAUUGCCGUAAUGAUAGAAAUCUUUAUUAUUUGCUUUGCCGGAGAAUAUCUUAGUCUUAAGAGUAAAUCAGUCGCUGAUGCAGCAUAUAAAUCGUUGUGGUAUGAUAUGCCAAUUAAUCAAACUAAAAUUAUAUCAUUUGUGAUAAUGAAAUCCCAAAGGCGACUGUCGAUCACUGCAGGGAAAAUGAUGGAUAUGUCAUUCGAGGCUUUAACGAGUAAUACUCAGACGGAUAAUACAAGCUAUUUCGAAUUACUGUUAGAUUAUACAGCUCGUAACUGGGAUCGAUUGAUUGAUACUCCAGCGGACGAUGUUCGCACGAUAAUCGUUUCGCCUUUGACGAGAAAACGUCGUCGUAGUCCGAUUCCAUAUAAGAUAAUGCGCGCAACUACUAUCAGCACUUCCGUCGAGAUCGGACUCCGCUUUGUCGGAAUCUGGCCGGGGUUGCCGUACGGAACCAUCACUUGGUUCGCGUACAUGAUAAGCUUGGUGUUCGCGCUGUACUUUCAGUAUGUGUACGUCUUCGAUCAUUUCGACGUCAACAAUAUCUCGAAUCUUGUCGAUGCGCUUAGCAUUACGUUGGCUUAUAGUCUUAGUUUUCUAAAGCUAUUUUAUGAUAUCGUGUUAGCGAUGGAAGAAGAUUGGAAUAAUGUCAACAUUUACGAUAAAUCGGUCCUGUGUAUUAUGGCGAGCAAUGCCAAUUUAUCGCGUCGUUGCUCGAACGUGUUGAUCAGCAUUAACGCUACAGCUGCAAUUUGUUACUCUGUGACUAAUUUUCUACGUCUCUCGACCGACUUUAAGGAGGAUCUUAACAUUAGUUCGAGAGUGCUGCCUGUAAAGAUGAAAUUUCCCUUCAAAGUUGACGUGUCUCCCCUCUUUGAGCUUUUAGCUGUCGGUCAGAUUCUUCACGUAGUGUCAAUCGCCACUUUAGUUGCUAUGAUGAAUUGCUUGAUCAUUACGCUAGUACUUCACGUGAGCGGACAGAUCGAUAUUCUUCGCCGAGAGUUACUGACAAUUUACGACAACGGAAUUUCUCAGCGUGAUGUCGUUACAAGUGUCAGGCUUCUGAUUAUCCGACACCAAAAGAUAAUAACUCUUUCAGAUAAUAUCGAGGAGCUUUAUUCCGACAUCGCGCUGAUGCAGUUUUUAUCAAAUACCGUGGUCAUCUGCUGCAUCGGUUUUACUAUCAUAGCCUCUCUUGUUAGGGAUGGAGCCACAGUGGUGAUUUUGAAAUCCGCUGUUUUUUACGUCGCCGUAACGUUAGAAGCUUUUAUCUUUUGUUUCGCGGGAGAAUACCUCAGCGCCAAGAGCAAAUCGAUUGGCGAUGCAGUCUAUGAAGCGCUAUGGUAUAACAUGACACCUGCCGAGUGUCGGAUUUUGUUAUUUGUGAUAUUAAGGUCGCAGAAGAGAUUGACGAUUACAGCUGGAAAUGUUAUGGAUCUUUCUUUAGAAGGAUUUACGAGUGUAAUGAAAGCAUCAGCUUCGUAUGUGUCAGUGUUGUAUGCGAUCGCUCCGAAAAUGAACUCGAAGACCGAUUCCUUGAAGAUCCUUGACGGCACUGUUAGUCGUUCAAUCGAGAUCGGUCUCCGCGUGAUCGGCGUUUGGCCCAACUCGUCCUUCACGAUCCUCCGUCGCGCCUUCUGGAUGAUCACUCUUACGAUGGCGCAGACCUUUCAGUAUCGAUAUUUCGUUAUACACGUCCGCACGGACGAUCUCUCACAUCUGAUGGAUGGUCUUAGCACUACGAUGUCUUAUAGCCUCCUACUACUGAAACUUACGAUAUUUUGGAUCAAUCGACGGAUAUUCCACGACAUCCUGACGAUGAUGUCCCAAGAUCGGAGCGAGUGCAUGACCGAGUGGGCCAUCUACUCAAUGUCAAGGACAACCGAUGUGUCGCAUCGGUUUUCCAACUUGAUCAUUGGUCUUUAUUCGACAUCAGUGUUUAUUUACGGUACCGGUGUACUCGUUGCUCAUCCUGACGAGUCCGACGAGCAACUUACGGUGCCGGCGCGAGAAUUGUUUCUUAAGAUGGAGCUACCCUUCGAGUCCAGUGCCUCUCCUGCGUACGAGCUCGUAAUGAUUACGCAGUUUUUCCAUCAAUUAUCAGCAGCCACGAUAGUUGGUGUACUUAAUGCCUUAAUUGUGUCAUUGGGCAGAAUGAUCGGCAAUGCAGCAUACGAAACUAAGUGGUACAACUUGAAUCCCACGCAGAGUCGUAUUUUAUUAUUGAUGAUUUUAAGAUCACAAAGAAACUUAACUAUUACGAUCGGAAAAUUUAUGGAGCUCUCCCUAGAACGUUUCACAACAAACGAGAUAGAUUCGACGAAUAUCGUGUGCUGGUCUGUGCAAUACGGUCUUCGUAUGAUAGGUGUAUGGCCGGGCAUGUCAUGCGCAAUUUUAUUUAAAAUUCUCAGCAUAUCAUCAAUGAUCGUAUUUCAAAUUCUUCAAUAUCAAUACGUGAUCGUGCAUUUUGAGGAGGAGGAUUUAAUGAUCCUCAUGGACGCAUUAAGUGUAACUUUCGCUUACACCCUUUUACUUAUCAAAAUGCUUAUUUUUGCGUUCAAUUCUCGUCUGCUGAACGAAAUCAUAACAAGCAUGAUCAAAGAUUGGAAGGAAUGUGAUGUUUCGGAUGAGUACACAAUGUCCAGAAUAGCUUAUAUAUCUCGUUGGGUUUCCAACGUUAUAAUUUGCUCACAUAUGACGUCAGUAUUCCUCUACGCGAUAGGCACAAUAAUGAAGAUCAAAAAUGAAAAUCAAACCGAUGUUCGAGAGCUCAUCAUCAAAAUGGAGAUACCUUUUAAGAUUGAGAGCACAUCAGUACACAUAGCUGUCCUUGUUACUCAAUUUAUUCACCAGACAAGUGCGGCUGGUAUGGUGGGUGUAGUGAAUUCCUUGCUAAUAAUACUGGUUUUUCACGUGUGUGGGCAGAUUGAUAUAAUGCGGCAGAAAUUGAGUGAAAUUACGCAGAAGAACGUCGAGCGGAAGAACAUCGAGCAGAAUGUGAAUGAAAACGUCUUAAAAGAUCUGAUCGUUCGACAUCAGGAAAUUAUCACCUUCUCCAAAAACAUCGAGGAUCUCUAUUCCAAUAUUGCACUGGUACAAUUUGUAUCGAAUACUCUGGUUAUUUGUUGUCUAGGAUUCCUUAUUGUUAUCUCUAUCGGUGCCCCAGGCGGAUCAAUGAUGUUGGUCAAGUCCGUAUUCUUUUAUAUUGUUAUGAGCUUAGAAGCAUUUGUAUAUUGCUUUGUCGGACAAUAUCUGAGUACAAAAAGCGAAAUGGUCGGCGACUCGGCGUACGAGUCAUUUUGGUAUGAAUUGAGUCCUAGUCAAAAUCGAGACAUCCACAUUAUGAUCAUAAGAUCCCAACAGCACUUGACGCUCACGAUAGGAAAAGUUAUGGAACUUUCUUUGAGACAAUUUGCCAAUACCUUUCAAUAUUGGUACUUGAUCAUGCAUUUCGGCAAAAGCAAUAUUUUCCUUCUCAUGGACGUGAUAAGCGCAACUCUGACUUAUAGUCUUCUGCUUGUCAAACUGAUUAUUAUCAUAUUCAACGUUCGUCUGCUGGAUGAUAUCAUAGCACACGUCGUCGAGGAUUGGAAAAAGCGCGAUGUUUCUGACGAGUACACGAUGAAUAGAAUGGCUUAUAUCUCUCGCUGGUUUUCCAAUUUGAUAAUCUGUUCGCAUGCAGUAUCGGUAUUCUUCUAUGCGAUCGGUACUUUGUUGGCGCACAAAAAUAGCAAUCAAACUGAUGCUCGAGAGCUCAUUCUCAAGAUGGAGUUACCUUUCGAGAUCGAAACCACAUCAGUAUAUCUUACCGUUCUCAUUACACAGUUCGUUCAUCAGGUAAGCGCUGCCAGUAUGUUGGCUGUGCUAAAUUGCUUGCUGUUAACAUUGGUUCUUCAUGCUUGUGGACAGAUUGAUAUAUUGCGGCAGAAACUGAGUGAAAUCACACGGAAGAACACCAAGCAACAUAUGAAUGAUAUCGCAAAAAUACUGAUUAUUCGACAUCAAAAAAUUAUUUCCUUCUCCAAAAAUAUUGAGACUCUCUUCUCAAACAUAGCGCUAAUACAAUUCGUGUCAAUUACUUUAGUCCUCUGUUCCCUAGGAUUUGUCAUCGUGACCUCUAUUGGUGUUCCGGGCGGAUCGCCUAUGCUAGUAAAAUCCGUGUUCUUUUACAUUCUAGUCAAUAUGGAGGCAUUUAUAGUUUGCUUUCUUGGAGAAUAUCUCAGUACAAAAAGCAAAAUGAUUGGCGACGCUGCGUAUGAAGCGCUUUGGUACGAAUUGAAUCCAAUUCAGCAUCGAGAUAUUCUCUUUAUAAUUGUAAGAUCACAGAAGUAUUUGACGCUCACGAUCGGCAAGGUCGCUGAACUUUCACUAAAGCAAUUUACUAACAUCAUGAAAGCCUCGGCAUCGUAUAUGUCGGUGUUACACGCGAUAUAUUGA